UGCUGGCGGCGGCGGCGGCGCUCCGCCACCCCGGGCGGCUCCGCGCGGCCCCGCGGCGGCCGCCGCUCCCCGCGGCGCCGCUGCCCAUGCGGGCCGGGCAGCAAUAGCCGCGCCGGCUCAGCUCGGCUCGGCUCUGCGGGGCGAGGAGGGGGCAUCACUUCUCUGAGUCUCCCCGCCACAUCGUUAUGGACCUAUUCGACUUUUUCAGGGACUGGGACUUAGAGCAGCAGUGUCACUAUGAGCAAGACCGGAGUGCACUUAAGCGGAAGGAAUGGGAGAGAAGAAACCAGGAAGUCCAGCAAGAUGAAGAUCUCUUUGCUUCAGGUUUUAACCUCUUUGGGGAACCCUACAAGACAAAUAAAGGCGAUGCCCUUGCAAACCGUGUCCAGAACACAUUGGGAAAUUAUGAUGAGAUGAAGGAUCUGUUAACCAACCACUCCAACCAGAGCCACCUUGUAGGAAUCCCAAAGAAUUCUGUCCCGCAGACACCCAUUGACAAAAAUGAACAGAACUUUUUCCCAGAACCAAGGAACAGGAUGAUCCCAUCUCAUCAGAUCAGCGGCAACUCAUCAACAUCAAUGCCUCCACCUUCUUCAUUGUCAUCUAACUCUACUUUGUUACACAGCCACCAGAGCAGCAGGAAGUCGAGGACAGAUUGGUCACGCAGUGGUCACAACUCCAGUGGGGCCCAACCAAGCCAAUCCAGUGGGCAGCAGAGUCGGACAAAGCACAGCUCUUCUCAUGACCAGUCACAGGGCAGGUAUGAAGAUCUCUAUAAUUGCCAGAGUGAGCAGCAUAAAAGUGGGGGAACUGAGGAAGCAAACGCUAUGGCAACAUCUUCACAUUCGAGGAGGCACACUCAUGCAAAGUCAGCACCUGGAGAACACACUUACAAAGAAAACAGUCAUUCGAAGUCACCCACAGAGCUUGAGUUUGUAGGCCAUGGUCCUGGAUCUCCACUUCCUUCCACUUCUUUGUUAACUGCAAACAAUGGUCUUUCGACUCAGAAUUUCCCACCAGGACUUCACUGUAAAAACAGCAUGGUCCAGCAGAAGCCUACGGCUUAUGUCAGGCCUAUGGAUGGUCAGGACCAGGUACCCAAUGACUCACCCGAACUGAAACCCCCAAUAGAAAUUGAGAGUGGAUAUGGAAAUCAGUCUUUUGGAACUCUGCUGGAAGGAAAAGUGAACACACCUAGUUCGAAGAACAAAGUACCAAAGCUCAACAUUCCUCCUGUUAGUGAAGUUGCCCUUCCCAAUGAUUCCAGCUGUGUGGAAGAAAUACUGCGAGAGAUGACCCAUUCCUGGCCUCCUCCUCUUACUGCUAUUCACACUCCCGGCAAGGCUGAGCAGACCAAGUUUUCUAUCCCAAGCAAGGACUCCCAACAUCUGACCUCAGGAUACAAUGUACAAAAGUGGAGUGAUCCAGCAGGGAAAGUUGCAACUAAGUCAGUGCCACAAAAGUCAAUGCUUGAGGAUGAUCUAAAACUCAGCAGUGAUGAAGAUGACAAUGAACAGGCUGCUGAAAAGACAAAAUUGAGAAACAUUCCUGUAAACAGUCUCCCAGUGCCAGUGGCACAUGCCACUGGCUUGGCGCAUUCCAGUGGCGGCUCUGGCAGCUCCAGCGAGUCCGAGAGCAGCUCUGAGUCCGACUCUGAUAGCGAGAGCAGCUCCAGUGACAGCGAGUGCAAUGAGGAGUCACGCAGUGCCACGCCAGAGCCUGAACCCCCCUCAACAAAUAAAUGGCAGCUGGAUAAAUGGCUAAAUAAAGUGAACCCCCCCAACAAGACCAUCAUCAACAAUCAAAAUGAACCUCACAGUGAGAGCAGCUCCCAGGCCCAGAGCAACCAGCAGCCUGAAGGGCCAAACAAAGGGAAGCUCAACAGCAGCCUCCCCCCGACUGAUUCCAAAGACCGGGCGAUCCUUAGUCCCAUCCGAGAGAAAGCCAAACCACGAGUUUCCCAGAAAACCCCAGAGGCAAAAAGCUCCAAGCAGAAAUCACCAGCUCAUAAUGAGCCAACUUCACAAAGGACUACCGGGAAAAAGCAACCCAAAAAGGUAGAAAGGACUUCCAGUGUAGAAGAGUAUAACUGGCCCAAACCAAAUAAUACCAGCAACACUCCCAAAGAAAAAGACACACAGGAACCCCCCGAGCAGCCAAAGGUUCGAACUAAAGCAGCAGUUGGGAAGACAGCUCCAAGGAAAGAACCACGAACAAGCACAGGUCUCACUUCAGAGAAGAAAAAGUACAGAGGCCCCAGCAAAAUUGUCCCAAAGUCCCGGGAGUUCAUUGAAACUGAUUCAUCUACUUCUGACUCAAACACAGACCAGGAGGAGAACUUGCAGGCAAAGGUGCUGCCAGCCUGCACUGGGUCUGGCAGUGGUGUCAAAGUGAAGGAUUCUGGCAGUAAUAUCCUCAGCGUAAGUAGCUUAACCAGCAAUGGCAGUAACACAUCCAUUGACCAGACCAGCAAUGAUCUGGAGGAGCAGCUCUUUUCUCCUAUCCCAAUCGUACAAAAUGAACUUCUGUCCCCACUGAGAGAAUAUGAAGAACUCAAAUCUCUGUGGGUGAAAAUAGACCUUAGUUUACUCUCUAGGAUACCUGGACAGGAAACUUUUGAGACCACAUCUGUGAAAAGUGAACCAAGAGAGGCAAAUGUGAAACACAGGCGGCCAUCUCGAGAGUCCCCUACCCCAGCAGCUGAAAAACCCUCCACAAAAUCCAAAAGGAAACACAAAAUGGAAAGCCUGGAUACCUUUGCUGAAAGCAAGAAGCAGCGCCUGGAGGAGCCUCCUGCUUCCUGUCUGCUCCCACCUUGUAUAUCUCCAAUACCGAACCACAGAAUAACCAGCACUAAAGAGAGCAAUAGCUCAGUGAAGAAGGUGACAAAGAAAAGAGAAGAUAAGCUGUUUCCUCCUCCCUUGUCCCCACUCUUGGAUGAUCCUGUGCACCGGCGGCACAGCAGUGACAGCGGCUCCUUCAGCCAGGAGCCCACUGUCACAAACACCUCACAGACCAGCAGCUCUUCCUCCUCUGUUUCUAAACACAGAAAGAAUGAAAAUAAAUCUUCUUCUAACCCCAAAGGAAUCUGUGAGGAAGAAUCUCACAGUACACCCACAGCCAACACUCUUCUUGACACCAGCCAUCUAGAGUCAGACAUCUGGUCUGCAAUGCCAACGCUUUCCAAUGGGAAUUCUGAGCCCAGAAGACCCAAAAUAACAUUUGAUGAUGUGCUUCACAAUGCAGAUUAUUACAUGCAAGAGGCUAAGAAGCUGAAGCAUAAAGCAGAUGCACUGCUGGAGAAGUUUGGUAAAGCAGUGAAUUAUGCUGAUGCUGCCCUCUCCUUCAUCGAAUGUGGAAAUGCUAUGGAGCGAGAUCCAUUAGAAGCUAAAUCUCCAUACACCAUGUACUCAGAGACUGUGGAACUCAUCAGGUAUGCAAUGAGACUCAAGAAUUUCACAGGCUCUUCUGCUACAGAAGGGGACAAGAAAUUAGCAGUUUUAUGCUACCGAUGCUUAUCACUUCUCUACUUGAGAAUGUUUAAACUAAAGAAGGACCAUGCUAUGAAGUACUCCAGAUCUCUGAUGGAAUAUUUUAAGGGUUUUACAAGGUGCUACACAGACGUGAAAGGCAGAAUGAGUAAGCAGAACUCUUCAAAAGCCUCUCAGGCCCCCUCACCUUGGGGCGGCAGUGGAAAGAGCACAGAAACGCCCUCACCCAUGUCCCUGAGCCCAUCCCCCGUCAGCUCUGCUGGAAGCAGCACAGGCACCACCUGCUCGUCCUCGGCCGGGACCAUCACCAUCCCCCAGCGCAUCCACCACAUGGCUGCCAGCCAUGUCAACAUCACCAACAACGUCCUGCGCAGCUAUGAGCACUGGGACAUGGCUGACAAGCUGACCAAGGAGAACAAAGAGUUCUUUGUAGACCUGGACUCAGUGAUGGGACCAUUAACACAACACAGCAGUAUGACCAAUCUGGUUCGUUACGUUCGCCAGGGACUCCACUGGCUCCGCAUUGAGGCUCAUUUAUUGUAGUGACUGAUGCCCUAUUCAUGACAUCCCCAUUCUUCUACCUCUACCAGCGCAGAGACGAUCACUGGUGGAACUCCACUCAUUUUUGAAAGUUUAUUCACGUAACUUCAUUUUUAUUGCCUUUUUUAAUAUCCUAUCUAUUGGAAGUAGAAGUCACCAUAAAUGAAACUUAUGACUCAAGAGCCGUAUGUGUUGUACCAUCUAAUCAUUUUUGACAAUUUUCUAUGCCUUGUGUCUCCUGGAUCCUGCCAUCCUUAUGUGCUUUAUGGAACGGUACAUUCCCUGCAGUAUUGUUUUAAGUCCAUGCUGCCUUCAAGUGAACACAAAAAAAGCACUUUGAGAAGAUUGGGUUCCUGAGAAAUAGUACAAAGCGUCUUAAAUAUUUAAGGGUAUAUAUGAGAAGUCCCUUCUGAAAUAAAUUAGUAGAAAUUAUAGCUAUUCAUUCAAAAUAAUCUUCUGAACCUGAACCAAGCUUUUUGACGCUUAAUUCUGGCAUCAUUACUUGACUCAGUACAUUCCUAAGAUUUUUUACUUCCUAUAGGUUUAAUCUCUAAAAAAAGAACAUUGAAUAUUUUACAGGUACAGAAUGUAAGAUCACCAAAGGUGUUAAGAGGUAAAAGGUUGAAGGAAUGCCUCAUUAAAGAACGAUGACACACUAUGCAAUGAGGUUUUGAUAUUCCAUUCCUCCUGUUUAUUGUUUGCUUAAGAAUUUCAGUAGGCAGCAGAAUUUAUUGCAGUUUUUAAGCAGUUUCAAAAUAUUAGCUUUCUUAGUCUUAUCUACCAUUCCUAUACUAAAUCUGUGAAUUUUCUUUAUUUUUAGUCUCAAACAAAUACUUAUCCAAGAUUUUUCUUCAUAGAACAAUCUCUCCUUGCAUAGUGACUCACUGAAAGCAGAUUUUAACAGGACUGCUGCACUCUAAGCAUUGAUAUUGUAUGUAGAAGUCCAUUAAUAAGUGUAUGCAGAUUCUUUAUGAACUGUCUAGAAGUUUAACUAACCAGCUACUGUUGAAACAUUAUAAUUCCAUGUAGCAUCAAUUUUCACCUGUUUUGUUCAUUUCAGAGCAUUAGAAACUAACAGUAUUAUCUUGCUAUCUUCAAAACAAUGUCAAAUUAAAUAAAAUCACCAGACUUACCCAAAAGCAAUAUAACAUUUGUUUAAUAAUGGCCAUGAAUACUUCAGUCAGAUUACCUUUUUUCCAAGCUCUGCAUCUGUUUACCCAUGCUGUCAUGUUUUGGACCAUUCCUCUAAUGUGUGAAUACUGAUGAGACAAUUCAGAUAGAAUUUCAAAGCAAUUGUGAAUAAAUUGCACCAUUUCACAUUUGCUCUUUCCUCUUAUUUUUUCCCCUGUUAUAAACUGCACUGCUCUUCUGGUGCCACUGCAAGAGGCGCUGGUGCAUGAAACAAAACAAAAUGGAUUUAUAUCAAUAAUUCACAAGUUUUUAAAUGGUCUCAUCUCAUUCUUGAUAUAACGCCUUCAUACCUUACUGAACUGUAAAUUCCAUUUCUAUAAACAUGCUCAUAGCAAUGUAAAUAUUAUUCUGUCUCAUCUCAUUAAAAUAAUACAAUAUGUGUAUUAAAUUCCAUCCAGAUAUUAGUUAAUUGCAAUUACUUUCUGCUAUAUAAAACUGUAUAUUCUUUAAUCCAGUGAGUUAUUGGAUUCUACUCACUGGGUUGUGACCAGAUAAAUAGGACAAAUUUGCAUUUAAAAGGUUCAGACUGUUAAGGUUUUCAGAGCAGGCCUUGAAUAUUUGCAAUAAGAGCAGUUUAAGGACUCUACCAAGUGCACAUUUAAGACAAACAUUUCUGUAGCUGUUGCAUAUUAGCUUCCUAUAGUACUACCUUUUCUUACAAAUCAAUAAUUCCUAACACUUUGUUCCCCAAGACUGUAUUGUAAACACUGCCAACAUGAAUCAUUAGAGAAAUUAUCUAAUGAUAAUAGGGUUUUCUGCAAAGGAUAUUUGCAGAACAUGCACAUCCUGUAUUAUCUGCACAUUCCUGUUCCUGAAGUAGUUGAUUCACCCUUAUCUGUUCUCUGAGGGUUUCAGUAGCACAGCUGAAACCUGAAUCUGACGCAUUGGUCACACCAACUCUGGCCUCAGUAGCUAAUGAAUAAAACCACAGCAGUCUGAGCUAUUCAGGAAUGUAGAUGAAUGGUGGUGGUCGGGGGUUUUUUAAAGUAAAAGAAAAGUAAACAUUUGAAAUAUUUUUCUUAACAGGUUGGGUACUUGAGAUGAAGGUUGAGCUGAUUUUGUCAUAAGCCAGAGUUUUCCAUUCUUUUUGCAAGUAACUAUUCAGUCUAAUUAACUGUAUUGUCAUCACUUGCUCCUUUAAUGUAGAUUGAAAUCCAAAACUUCCAUGCAUUUACAAAGGAUAGCAAUGUCUUGAAGACAGUCUUCAGACACAGGGGUCUUCAGAGUUUGCUGCAGUCAUUCAGUGAUCACCACAUAUUAUCUUUCCCUUGUUGCUUGUGGUAAACAGGCUCCUAUCUCUAAAUUUACCCUAUGUUCAACAAUCUUUUGCUUAAACAGCUUAAAGAAUUAGUUGUCCUGAUUUUGUAUCCUGUGAGUUAGGUUGAAAUGUGUGCUGAAUCAAUGGCAUGAUGAUAAUAAGUCCAGCAGUCAAGUCUAGGAUCACAACCCAACUUACUAUUUAGCAGUCUUGUUUCAAAAGCAGCUUAGAAGCAAAUUAAAUAUAGAGAGAAAAUUAUUGUCUUAUCCCCAGGGAUGAUGCUUCUUUUGGGUUAGUUAUUAAGGAUUAUUGCACUUUUACAGGCAUUAUAUUCAUCUCAUUUCAAUUGCCAACAUGUCAUCUUCGUGGAAUCAUUUUACCCCUUAAAAUAAUACUUCCAGCAGAGCUAAUCAGAUGAGAUUGUUUUUUGUUUCAGUCCAUGGGGAAGCAGCAUGUCUGUGCUUGGGCAUUUGGAAUGUCUGCGCUUAAAACUGCCCAAUUCAGGCUUUCAAAAUCACGAACCAAGCACCAAAAAUUACAAGAUUGGCUUAAAAUUGUGGUUUAGUUUUGUUGGAUUUUUUUAAUAAACUCUUUGAUUCUUGUAUUGCCAAAUACAGGAUGCUGAGCUUUGGGACUGAUUUCAUGACACAUUUUCAGGCAUUUUACAAGCAUGCCAAGGGCUGGAACUGACAUGUUUGUUUUUAAUAGUGAUAAACUGGAACAGUGAUGUAAUCUCUUGACUUCUGUAGCUGGAUUUAGAAAGAAAGACACCAAGCUUGGUAAAACAUCCAGAACUGACAAGACUGUAAUUUGUGACCCAUGGCUGAGAAGGUUUGGAGCAAUAUAAAGAGUUCAGCAGUGAAGGGAGCAGGCCUGUAAAGGGCUAAACUUAGGCAUUUGAGGUGUAAGACCCAAGGGCAGAAAAGUCCUAAAUGCUCAAGAGAGGCAUUUACGAAGCACUUAACCUCCACUUCAAGGGCCGCAGCAGGUUUUAAGUAUUUGACAAGGUGCAGGCAGAAUAUCCAGCUCCGAUUGCAGGGAACAUCUCCAGCUAUAUGAUUUGUGUUUGGGUAUUCUAGAGCAGGAAGCAGAGAGAAAACCUUUUUGUGAUAGUGUUGGUGGCAACUUUCACAGCUUGCAUCUUAUAGCUUAAUUUCUCUUUUUCUUACAUGUUCUUUGUACUUUCAAUUGUUUAAAUAUUCUCUCUGUGAUUGCUUCAUUUAUAAAUUAUCUCCUUUGAAAGGUAGACACAGAUCUGUUCCUAGUUAUGCGGGGCAUUUUCAAAAAUAGGAUCAGAGAUCUUCUUUCCUCUCAAAGAAACAAAAUAAGCCAAUUGAAUCUGGAAUUUAAUUUCCAUGCUUUUUUAAAUUUCACAGAUUUUAUUAUGUUAUUCUAUUAUGACAAUUUAGAUUCAUUGAUGUUUUUAGAUUCUUUGGAAAAAACUGUUUCAGUGAGUUUUUAUCAGCCUUUAAUGCUGUGUAAAUCCAGUUAUUAGUCUUGUAAGUGUAAAUUAACAGAUAACAAAAAUGGAGUUGGUAAGGAUUCUGACUUAAGUAAUAACGUACUUCAUUGCUUGGAGUUCAGGAGAAAUUCCAUGCAGCAUUGAAGCAAGUCCAUGAGUGUGAGUGUGUAUACACAUCUGAGUAGAUUUAUGUGUGGAUUUGCACCAGAAAGUCCUUGUUCAUUACUUCAUAGCACAGGAGGAAAGAUAUGGUAGCUGUAAACAGAAAACAUUCCUACCACUGCUAGUGGCAGUGGCAUUAUUCAGGUGUUCCUCUGUAGUUUGUGUAUAGUCCUGUUUGCAUCUACUACCUCUUGCAAACAAUGAAGCAGCGGCAGAAAGUAGCAACAACUCUGUCAUUUUAGUUCUGUGGUCCCUAUAGUCAGUGUAAGAGCUGAAUGUGCUGUGUCAACAUACUGUUUUCCAGGUAAACUCAUUUGCCAUAGACCAGUGUCUUGAAGUUUUAAGAAAGACAAAAUAUUUAACAAGUCACCAAAGAAAAUUAAGUUGCUAUUCUGAAGCAAGUGUAGAAGUGUCCCAACUGCAGGCAGGCUGCAGACCAAGGGGUCUUUGCAAAGGGCCUUUCCCCUCACAGUAUCUUCCUGACCUGACCUGAAUGCAAUGGGAGUGAGGCAAAGGGGAUGAAGAUGGGAAACUAAUCUACUGUCCUUAUGAUAUCUUCCAGCUUUACUUUACAUGCUACUUUAUAAAUACAAAUAAAACAACUCUUAAUGUUGGGAGAGCUCAGUUCCUCAGUUUCCAAUAAUCCUCCUGAACUUCCUUGACAUAACCAGAGCACACCAAUGCAUAAAGGCAUUCUCUGUUGUCUAAUGAGAUAUGUCUAUAUAGGGGCAUAUUUUAGUUGUAUCACAUGAUAUUUUGCCUAAAUGUAUAGGCUAAAAGCUAUUAAGGUCUCCUCCAUUACUGAAACCUCUGCCUGAAUGCAAAAUGUUCCUGCCUGACUUAGAGAGUAGUCAUCUUCUCCCCAGUACCCUUGUCAGACCUGCCUUUCUGAUGGAUUUGGUAGCUUUCCUUAAGCCAUUUUGUUUCAGAGAUGUUUAGUCUUCCAAG